AUGGCGGGCGGUGCGGGGAGUGCGUGGCAGGCGGGGGACGGGCGCGCGGCGGCGGCGCUGCGCGAGGUGUUCGCGUGGCUGAGCGGCGCCGAGCUGGCGCGCGCGGGCGCCGCGUGCCGCGCCUGGCGCGCCGCCGCCGGGGACCCCGCGCUGUGGCGGCGGCUGCUGGCCGCGCGCGCGCCAGCCCGCACGCUGCGGGCGCUGCGCCGGCACAGAGGAUCACUGUCGUGGCGGCAAGAGUACGUAGAUCUGCACGCACGUUGGAAACUAAGAGCGAGGUUGACGGCGCCCGGCGACGAGCCGCUGCUGCACGCCGCGCUGGCGGACGGCGGCCGCCGCCUCGCCGUAACGUCCGAGGACGGUCUCGUCACGAUUUGGGAUAAAGACGCGGACGGCACGUGGAGCGAGCGGUGCGGCAUCAGCGUGAGAGAGCAAGGGUGGGCGCGGGCGGAGCGCGCGGUGUGGGCGGCGGGGGGCGCGCGGCUGCUGGUGGCGGGCCCGCUGGCGCUGGCCGCGCGCUGGGAGCUGCUGGUGCUGCGGGUGAGCGCGGGCGGCGCGUGCGGCGUGCUGAGCCGUGCGGGCUGCAGCGCGGGCGCGGCCGGGUGCUGGGCGCGGCCGGCCGGGGACGCCUUCCUCUCGCUGGAGCUGAGCCGGCUCGCGCCGGGACAGGCCUGCACCACGGUCUGGCUCAACGCCGCGACGCAAGAAAUUCAGUCGGAGUACGCGGGGGUGACUGCGCCUCUUCUACGUAUAUACAACGAGGACAGCGGACACAUCACGCACGCGGUGGUGGUCGAGGUGCCUCUGGAGGAGCCUCUCGACGACGACGCUGUCUCUUCGCCGACCGAUGACGGGCAGCUCGCGCCCGGGGAGCCCUACUAUCGCGCUACGUGUGCUAGUGAGGCCCGCGGCGCCAGCGUGCAGACGUUGGUGGCGGCCAGCUAUGGCGAGUCGGGCAUCGUGCGCACGUGGCCGCUGGCCGCGCUGCAGCCGCCGCCGCUGCUGGCCGCCGCCCUCGGGGACCUGCGGCAGCGGCGGAGGGCGCGCGAACACCGACCCUCGCCGCCCCCCGCACCACCCGCACCACCCGCACCACCCGAGCCCGACGAGGCCGCCGUGCGCGCGCUGUGCACGCCGCCCGACUCCGCGUGCCGCCUGCACGCCGCCGUGCUCGGCAUCGUCCCGCACCCCGGGUACGAGCGGGUAUAGCCACCGCGGGGCGCAUUCGGACGCACCACCAUACAUCGGACGAAUGCAUUAUUUUUAAGUUCGGUACGUUUCGGGCAUAUAAACCGUCGGGUCGGCUCUGAUCGGUUGCAAUUCUGCGAACAGCGGGCGGUGCGUGUGGGCGAGCACGGCGGACGGGCGCGUGCGGUGCCUGUCGCUGCCGGCGCUGCGCGUGCUGUGCGCGGUGGGCGCGGCGAGCGGG